AUGAAGAUUGCUGGGAUUCUUUUUUUAGCUUCCAUAAUUCAGCUGUCACAGCCAGCUAGGGACUCAUUAGUAAAGCUGGUUAAUAAUGGAUAUGAAGAGGUCAUUUUUGCAAUAAGCCCCAAGACUCCUGAAAAUCAAAAACUUAUUGAAAAUAUAAAGAAAAUGGUGGCUGAAGGAUCUAACUACCUAUUUCAAGCAACAGGAAAUAGGCUGUAUUAUAAAAGUGUUAAGAUUUUAAUUCCAAAUACUUGGACAGCCAACAGCACUUAUAGCAGGCCUAAAAGAGAGUCAUAUGACAAGGCUGAUAUUAUCAUAGCUGAUCCUUUUACUCAAGGAGAUUUUCCAUAUACCUUGCAAUAUGGUGGUUGUGGGGAGCCUGGAAAAUACAUACACCUCACCCCCAAUUUCAUUCUAAAUGACAGAGUGCUGCGACUAUAUGGUCCCAGAGGAAGAGUGUUAGUCCAUGAAUGGGCUCACCUGAGAUGGGGUGUUUUUGAUGAAUACAACAAUGAUAUCCCCUGGUAUCUCAGUAAAAAAGGCAAAGUGGAGGCAACCAGGUAA